AUGGCAAUUCCUGUUGCUCAAUGGGUGGCCGACGCGCGCGCUAAAUUGACGCUAGCAGAGCAUAUUUGCAACGAUGCCAACACAUACAUUACAACUUCGAACGAGAAAUUGCAAUUGCGCAACCGCAAGGUGCCGAAACUGCUGUAUUUUCUAGAUGCCCUUCAGCAGCAGAUACAGCUAUUGACGGUGAUACGAGACUCCUUGGUGCUCAAUCUCAACAGCGUGAUGGAGCGACGGUCUGCUGUGCGGUCUGGGCUUUUGCGCGACGUCGACCGGCUCCAAAAUACCAUCAGUGUCAUGAAAAACACCACUGUGGUGUUUGACGGCGAGACCUCGCUGUUUGACUACAUCAGCGAGGCCGGGAUCGAGGACCUGUUUGCUGAUGUGGAACAGAACAUCAAGGAGAUUGACAGUCUGGUCAAGGGCAAUCGCACAGACGCGUUGCUGAUCCGGCUUAGCUCCGAUCUGGAUAACCUGAACAACGAGAUGAACACGCUGAUAAGCAAGGCGCACGACCUACGGUUGCUGGACGACCAGGACGAUUUGGACGAGUUUGUGGACCCAAUCACGAAACUGCUGGAGAUUAACAACGAGCUGGAGAACGAGAUGGUGGGGAUGUUGACCGGGUUCAAUAACCAUUACGAUCAAUGCGAGAAGGGCCAAAAACUGCUGGAGGACCCGAGUUUUCCCGAGGACGAGAAAGAGGAGCUGGUGACGGUGCUGGAAAACGACGUCGAGGACCUGCCGGAGGUGAUGCGGUCGCUCAAGAGCACGGGCGACGUGAUCACCAAGAACUGUAAGGAGGUGAUCAAGAUACUGGAUAUCUUUGAGACGCUGUACGGGCUGGUGGAGAAGUUCAUUGACGAGCUGCAGCAGUACGGCGAGCAGAAGCUGGUUGUGCAGCUGAACGAGUUUGUGGAGAUCAACAGCGAGGUGGGCCGCAAACUCGAGGCUUCAGAGAUUCACAAGGCCAGUCUUGCUCAGUACAACGACGACUUCCAGCAGUUUAUCCGGUCGUACUACUCGUUGAUCGUGGAGGUGGACCGGCGCGCGCAGGUGAACCAGCAACUGACAAUGGCAAUCAACAACUUCAAAGCCACGGUCAACAGCAUCGUCGACAACGACUACGAGAAAAGGCUCGAGUUUCUGGACAAGCACGGCGACUUUAUUCCGCAGAACCUGAUAGACCCGCAGAUCAUCAAUAGCACCACGCCGCAGAUCGAGAUCGCGUUCGACCACGAGCCGCUGCCGCCGCUGACGAAAGACGCAAUCCAGACAGCUAAGAAAUUCUUACGGUGA